AUGGCUGACGAUGAAAGGGGUCGAAGGAUCCUGUCUGAUCUAAGCCUGGCGUUUACUCGGGAUCCAUCCAUAGAUGAAGUUGGUUUUAUUCCUUGUCCGGAGGCUUUGCAGAAUAGAAGUCCUAUAAUUUUACAAGAGCAUAAACUUGGUUUAGAAUCAUGGUGUAUUUCACUACUAUACCAGUAUGCUUACAAUGAACUGCUCCAAGCCAGGGAGAAAACAGUUCGAUUGGUGCCGAGCGAUCUGAUUGGAUGCACUAGAGCGGUGUUAAUAAUUAACCCAGAAUGUUACACAGUUUGGAAUAUGAGGAAAGAGCUGGUUUGUUCUCAUAAAUUAGAUAUUGCAGCAGAUUUAAAGUUCAAUGGCCUGAUAUUCACAAGACAACCGAAGAGCCCUGAAACCUUUGCACACAGAAAAUGGUUGUUGGUGCAGCUACGUCAGCGUCUCCAAGAAACAAAGGAUAUGAUAGAUGCGAAGGACAGUGCUAGAAAUCAUGAUGAGAAUGGUAGACAUGUUGUCGGUAAUCACCGUGGUAAGGAAGACGUGGUGAUAAGUGAUAGUAUAGUGGAGAACGAAUUCAAAGUGUGCACUCUGGCUGCCGAACAUUACAGUAACAACUACAGUGCAUGGUCUCAUCGUAUAUGGGUGCUUCAAAACCUGGCAGUAUGUGAUGGCAGGACCAUCUCAUCUGAAUUGAGUAAGACUGUUACACUGGUCUCUAUGCACAUAUCUGAUCACAGCGGCUUCCACUAUCGACAGUUCCUAAUCCAGCAAAUUGGUAAACUCAAUCAGCGUGGCUUGGAUAGUAUUUUACAACAAGAACUACUUCUUAUCAGCGAUUUAAUUGACAAUUACCCCGGACAUGAAUCAAUAUGGUAUCAUAGGAGAUUUGUCUUCCAUAUGUGGCAUCAUUUACAAACGCCAAAACAAACCAAUGGAAAGUAUGAAAAUAGCGUUCAUACACCCAAACAAACUGGGGAUGACAUAAAGUCAACACGGCAAGCGGCUUGUCUUGUAUUUGAUAUCACUGAUAACCAAGAAGAGGACAGCUUUCCUACCAAUCCGUGUGAGAAGAAAUUUCGUGCUGAUGAAUCGUGUAAAGUGCAAUUAGGUGUUCAAGAAAUGAUUGCCAGUGAGAUUGAGUUUAUAGAGAAAUGUUUGAAAUCUGUUUACCCAUCUGAUUACCCAAGUCAAUAUAGAUGUGCACAUGCGUACAAGAAGUGGUUACAGUUCUUUUAUAAAUGA